UUUUCUUUUCUCUUUUUUUCCUCCUUCAUUUCCCUUUUUUCUUUUCUCUUCAUCUCCCCUCCUCCAUCUCUUCUAUUCCUCCGGGGCUCCUGUGGCAAGGCCCGACCAUGGGGAAAAACAAAUUAGUCUUCGCUCAGGGCUCCUGCUACUUCCUUGCCUUCCUGUUCAGCUUCAUCGUGGUGGUGCCAUUGACUGAGAACUGCCAUGACUUCCACGGCCGCUGCUUGCUCUUCACUGAGGGCAUGUGGCUGAACACCAAUCUGACCGUGCAGGAACACCAGCGCUUCACGGUGCAGGAGUGGGGCUCGCCCGCUGCCUGCCACUACUCUCUGCUCGCUGCCCUGCUCUCCCUGUCUGUGGCCAUUGGGUUAGCCUGGCGGUCGCUCUAUCUCCUGUGCAAGGGAUUCGACGAGACCUGUCUUGAAUCAUUUGCAGCCUUGAUGCUUAAUAUCUUCAUCCUCUUUGUAGUCUUCAUUGCCUGUACUAUCAUCAGUGUGGGAUUUGACAUGUGGUGUGAUGCCAUUACAGAGAAAGGCAGCUUGUCCAAGAGCUGUGAAGAAUUUCAGAAUAUGGACUUGGAUUUGAACCCUGAAAACUCAGCCUUCUAUGACCAGUUUUCUCUUGCCCAGUUUGGUCUUUGGGCUGCCUGGCUGGCUUGGCUGGGCAUCACGAUCUUGGCCUUCCUGAAGGUUUACCACAACUACCGGCAGGAGGACCUGCUGGAGAACCUCAUCCACGAGAAGGAGCUGCUCCUGGGCCGAACCUCGUCGAGGACCUUUUUUCAAGAUGAGAAGAGCGGCAUGAUCUAAUACCAGAGCCAUCCUCCUUUCCUCCCUCACCCUGCAAAAUCUCCCCUUGAACCCAUUUGUGCCCUAGGGUUUCUGGCCUGGCCUUUCCUGAUAGUGCUUGCUGAAGCAAAGUUGUUGCUAUUUUGGAAUGAAAUUAGGUCUGGUUUAAAGUCACUUAAUCCUGUAUGCACCUGAAAAGUUUGUGGGCUGUCCCAGGUAGCCUUGAGAGACUGUUCCAUAUCCUCCUCAUUCCUACUCUCAUUUCCUUCCCUUUACCCAGCUACGCUGUCAUGUUUUCUGGCUCUGGCAGUACCAGUUUGGCUCAGUGUUUUAAUUACACGAUGGACUCAGCAGAUAAAGUGGCAAUAGUGACUAAAUUUUGCUCACUUAACUGGCUAAUGUUGAAAUUUGAAUGGCCUUUUAAGAAAGGAUGUGAAGUGAAUUUAUGAGCAAGAGUGUAAGAGGCAUGUUUAAUAAUGUUUAAAGUACUUAAGGAAAUCAGUUUCGUUUCAUGUAUUUCCUUUCACAUCAACAGGACCAAUAUAGUAGUUGAUGUUGCUAAGGUGAUUUCUGCUUGGAAAACUUUGAUUUCCAAUAUUCAGUAGUUAUCCAGUAAAUUUAAAUAAGUUUGUCAUAGUUUUUUGUCCUUGAGAAUAACAAUCACGUCUCAAAAUUACUUUAAAUUUGAACUUCAAUCCCAUGGACAUUUAAUAAUUACCUACUAUGUGAAAAAUGGGCAGCAUAGCAUUGAAUUCCUUCAGAAGCCCAAAGACUUGAAUUGAAAACAUGCCUCUGACAAUAAUUAGUCAUGUGACCCAGGCAAGCCAUUUAUAAUCAUAGGCAACAGGUUACAAGUUUUCUACCAAGUUAUGGAUGCACUCUGUGAUUGUGGUGGUAGUGGUAAAUCACAGAUCCUCAAGCAAUGUGUGAGACAUGAUUCUAGGUGCUGGGGAUACAAAGAUAGACAUAGAUCCUAUUUUCAAGUACUUUUAAAUUUUUUUGCAAGUUUAUUCAUUCAAAAAUAUUUCUUGAGUACCUAUUAAAGGGUAGGUCUGAAUUAGUAAAAUUGGAUUCUAAUUAUUAACUAUUUGGUCUAAUCAUCUAAUGUAAAGCUUACCUUAUUUGGUGUUUAAAAUUGCUUUGUAAUAUCCAAGUGAACUCGUCAUUUUUGCUGCAACUAUCCACCCAACAUCCCAAGGGCAAUUUUCACUACUAAAUAUAAGUUGUUCCAGAGGCAGCAUGGUAUGAUAGAUAGAAUAUUAACUUUGAAAUCAUAAAGACCUGUUUUCAGAUCCUGCCCUAAAUGCUUAAUAGCUGUGUGACGCUGCAAAAGUCACAUAACCCCUCUGAUUCUUAAUUUCCUCAUUGGUGAAAUGUGGGGUCUGGACUUGUGGACCUCUAAAGCCCUUUGUGGUUCCAAACCCAUGAUCCUCUGAAUCAUGGGGAGCAUCUCAUGCUUUAAUAGAUGAAUAUCUACUCCCUAUCUCGCUACCCUCUGUGAGCAUUACUUACCUAACCCAGUAAUCAGCUCCACUUAGAAAAUGAGUUCUUUAGGGUUGACAUCUUCAGUCCAUGAAUGUAGGUCUUUCCUCAGACUCAGUUAAAAGGAAUUAUUAAGGUUAUUUGAUAAUAACAGACUUCUCACCUUGGAGUCAGGAGACCUGGGUUUCAAUCUGUUCCUAAUCUGACUGUGAUUGGGCAAAGCAUUCUUCUCAGCCUCAAUUUUCUCCUUUAUAAAAUUAAGGAGCUCAUCUCUAAGGUCUCUUCUAGCACUAAAUCUUUUUGUUAUUUUAAAUUAUUUUAUUAAAAAUCAAUUAGUAUAUUGAGAAAGUGCUUGAAAUUGAUAUCAAGGAGCUUGAUUUUAUAGCCUGGCAUACCAAGGUAAUCUGCUACCUAUAUAAUAUAUUUGAUAACUUACAAGUAAAAAAUGCUAGAAAAAAACCAAGACAUUUCAAAAAUACAGGAAGCAAUCCAGUCUGUUAAAAAAAAAAAAAAAAAAAAAACAGUUCCAUUUGUUCAAGUGAGGAUAGUCCAGUCAACAAUUGUAUACCAGCACUAAAUCUUAUAUACCUAAUUAACUGAGUUAGGAUCAAAGCAUCUAUCUUGCCAUCUAUCAGCAGGAUGGUGUUUCCAUUUUUUAAUUAAAAAAGUGUUUAAAAAAGAAUUUUUAAGUUUUUUUAAAGUUGAAAAUCAUUCCUUUGUAUAGAAAUCAGUAUUUUCUCCAUCUCAGGGUCUUACAUGGUCCCUGGGGAAUUAAGGCUGAACUGAGAAUGAAUCUAGACCCCAACCCCUCCCCAAUCUUGUCAUCAUCAAUGUCCCCUUUUCCUUUAGUUGCUCCCUUUAAUUUCGGAGGAUUGCUGCUUCAAUUCUCCAAGUAUAAACAUCUGGUUUAUGGUCAUCAUGGAGGCCCAGCAUCCCUGUGUUUGGCACCAUGCAGGCAAAACAUCUGGAUGUCUGGCAGGCACUUCAGUUAAUGUUCAGAUGCUUUGGUAUUUCCUAGCCAGGAGGAGAUUCCCGGUGGAUAUCACAAUAAUCUUGUCUUCGGGUUAUCGACUUUUCUCUUCUUUGACUAAAUUAGAAAUUCAGGAAAUUUCCUGAUUGGGUGAGUGAUUAUACCUUUCUGUACAAGGCAAGUUCCUUAUUGUCUGUGAGCCUCAGUUUUCUCAUACAUAAAAUGUAUUCUCAAGAACCUUCUCAUUCUGAAUCCUAAAAACCUUUGACUUUGUAUCUACCAGAGUGUCUGGAUGUGGCCUCCAAAUCCUAUAGCAGCAGAUCCUGCAGCCCCCUGCCCUAGAGCAGGACUCAUCCUGGAUGGGAUAUAAUAGAAAAUAACAGUGGGGCAGUAUUAUCUCUGAUUCAAAUGAGAGCUACUGGAACAGUGAGGGAGCCAUGUUCUUGUGAGGACAUUAUUGCUUUGAUGCUUCAGGCGUUUUCAUUUUCAAAAGCUUUCAAGGUCCUGGAAAACUCUAAAAUGUUACAUAGGCAGGGAAGUUUUGAUUCUACAUAUUUUUAGGAGUAUUGAAAUGACUAGAACAGCAUCAACAGCAGCAAUUAAUCCACCUUCUAUGGCACUUUAAAGUUUGCAAAGUGCUUUCUGCCCAAGAUUCCUAUGAGGGUGGGUACUAAAGACUGUAGUCUCUUGUCUCUUCCUUAGAGUUUAGGAAGCAGACUUAGAGAGGAAUAAUGCCUUGCCCGAAAUCACAGAGCCAAUAAAAAAACCUAUCAUUAAGCACUCAGACUUUGGCAUACUGUGUUUAAUUUUAGGUACCACAGUGCAGAAAGGAGAUUAAUAAUGUGGUUUGGAAAAUAUAACAUAGACUUGUAUUCAGGAUAGACCAGUUCAAAUCUGGCCUCAGAUGCUUACUUAACCUUGUGACUCUGGGCAAGUCAUUUAACUUUCGUCUGCUUCAGUUUUCCUCCUCUAUAAUUUGGAUGAUAAUAGCAUUAUCUAUCCUUCUGGGUUGUUGUGUGGAUCAAAUGAGAGUAUUUGUAAAACAUUUUGCAAACCUUGAAGUGUCAUUUAAAUACUAAUAAUUUAUUGUCAUUAUUAUUAUUACUAAUUAUCCUCCCAGGAAAGGCAGCCAGGAUGAUGAAGGCCUUUUUGUCCAUGCCAGCUGAAGAAACUAGGAAUAUUUAGCAUGGAAAAGAGAAGACUCAGUGAUGUGACAUGUGAAAGACAAGAUUACUGAGGAAACAAAAUUUCAUUCUUCUGAGCAUAUUGAUUUUUUAAGCUAUGCACACCAAUUGCCUAGCAAACUAGGAUCAGAUCUCUUCAGCUUAGGUUUGGACCUGAAGAUGGGGGAAAUAGACUUUUAUACAUUAAAAAAUUAUUCAAAUAAGACCAGUUAAUUAAAAGGAAACAAUACAACAUUAGGUAACUCGAUUUCUAAUUGGAUGAAAGAUUAGAGAUUUUCAAAGUUAGUAGGGAGAGAGUAAACAGGUACAAUUUCCUGAAUUCAGAAAAAAAGAGAUAUCCUACUCCUCCCAAAUACUUGUAAACAAUCAAAAGGAACAUGAAAACAAUAACUGAUUGGUCAUCAUGGGACACUUUUCAAAUAAGUUGUAUGGAUUGCAUGAGAUAGACAAAUGUAAGAAAACUCUUAGUCUUUGGAUCUGACUGGGUUUUUUGAUAAUGUAACUUUAGUUAAGGAUUUCUAAGCAAUAUGUAGAGGUGGUCCAGUUUCCCAAUUAUGCAAAGCUAGGUUUAAACAAUGUGAUAAGAUUUUCUCUCAAAUCCUUCAACUGAACAAAGUUUUCCUACAAGACAGAAAUUGGACUAGAGCUAUAACUCUAGCAGAAAAGAGGCUGGACUAGCCUUAGAAUUGAGCCAUAAGCUGAAGUCAGUAUGAUUCCACUCAAUCUCCACAUUUAGCCACUUGCUGUUACAUUCUUCCCAAUUAUCUCAACUUUCCCCCUUUUUAUUUAUAGGAGAAUGGGUACAACACUCCAUUCAUGGAUUACUACAAGCCAAGAGUAUAAGUUUUUUUUUUCUUAUAUUUCUAGUUGAAUAGAAACUAAAAUAGCUCCAGAAUUGAAUUAUAAGAUAGAGUCAGUAUAGUUUACUCAAUAACCACAUUUAACCAUUUGCUGUCCUAAUCUCUUCAGUGGGGACAUCGUAUUUAUCUCCAAAUAUCUGAAUGCAUGUUAUGUGAAAGAAACUUUAGACUUGUAUUUGGCCCCAAAGAGCAGAACCAGGAACAAAUAGGGAAAAGGGGAAAGAGGUCUUUUGGGGUUUUGUUGUCAUGAAGAACUUUCUAAUAAUCAGAAAUGACCCAAAAUAGAAUGGGAUACCUUGAAAGGUAGUGGGUUCUGAAGGAGCACUUAUUGGGUAUGUUCUAGUAGGAAUUCUGUUUUGAAUAUGGAUUGCAUAUGGUUUUGGAUAUGAAUAAAACUCCUUUAAAUUCAGACAAUUUCAAUAAUUUGGCAAUUUAAGGCUGGAUGCCCAUUUGUCAGAUUGGAUGAAGAAAGAGAAACUGGUUUUCAUGAAUAAUAGUUUCUAAGAUUUUUCUAAUUGAAUCUGAGAGUUUGUGAGCUAGUCUUUAAAUUACACAAUGGCAAGGAUGGUGCCUUGUUCACAAUAACUGCUCUCAUUUUUAUCAUCUUUCAAAGGUUAUAUAAAUUGUUUUCCCAUUACAGUCCUAUGAAGUCAAUAACUCAAGUGUUAUUGACUCCAUUUUAUAGCUGAGAAGAUUGAGGUUCAGAAAGAUGAAGUAUUGCUCAAGAUUACACAACUAGAAAGAAUAGAAGUCAGGAUGUAAAUCCAGGUAUCCUGAGUUCAAGUCUAGUUUGCUUUCUACUACCCCCUACCGUUUAUGUAUUAUCAUAUAAAUUAAAUGGAUUUUAUAUUUAAAAGAGAAUCAAAAAAGGGAGGUCAGAAAUCAUGGAACCCAAGUACUAUUUUAUAGUUGAAGAAACUGAGACCUAGAAGGUCACACAUUAUUUGAAUGCUGGGCUUCCAAACUCCAAAGCUAAUGCCUAAUAUAUUCUAUUGCCUUAUUUGAUAUUGAUUCAGCAAUUUUUGUGGUAUGGAAGUACUCUGAGCUAUUUACAGACAUGACCCUGAAAUAUUGUUAUUAGAUGCUGAAUAUAUUUUUGAUGACCAAAAAUGCUCUCUUCUAUCUGGGAAGCAGCUAUAUAGUACAGUAGAAAGAACCCUGAAUUUGGAGGAAGAUGACCCGAGUUUAAACUCAGACUCUAUCACAGCCAGCCUGCUGUGGGAUUCAGUCAAGUCAUUUAAAUUCUCUGAACCUCAGCGUCUUCAUUUGUUAAAUAAGAACACUGAUACUUGCCCUGCCUAACAGAGUUGUUAAAUGAAAUGGCUCUUAACCUUUCCAGGCCUUUCUUUGCUGAAAAAUGUCUGUAAAAAUAUUUGUAUGUGAGGGAAAUAGGUAAGAUGACAACUAACUAACCCUAAAUUUUGCAUCUCAAAUCAUAAGUUGUUAUCUUUGCACCACAUCAAUUGGAAUUAAAGCUUGCAUGAGAGUGAGGGAAGUUUACAUUGUGAAUUUUUUCUGAAUGACAUUAAGCUCCAUUUAUAAAAUACUAGAUUUAGAUUGUGAAGAGACCAUAGAGAUCAUAUACGCUAAUCCUUUUUCCAAAAUAUGAAACUAUGAUUUAUAUGGAGUUUCACAGGUAGAAAAUAGCCAUAAUGGGAUGUUAUCACUUUCCCUGUUAAGAAUGAUUUUUUUUUUUGGUUGAGGCAAUUGGGGUUAAGUGACUUGCCCAGGGUCACACAGCUAGAAAGUGUUAAGUAUCUGAGAUCAGAUUUGAACUCAGGUCCUCCUGAAUUCAGAGCUAUCCACUGCACCACCUAGUUGCCCCAAGAAUGAUCUCUUUUCAGAGAAGAAGAAUUCAUUUCCAGAGGUGAGGCAUUUUUGUUACAAAAAGGAAAAUAAAUUCCAAAUCUCAAAGAUCAGGUUAAUUAAAAAGAGAGAAGAUGGGAAAGUUCCCAUCCUUGUCCAAAAAACAUGGAAUUGAGAUGAGACCUGGGUAAUUCCAAGAUUGUGAUCCAAAAGAGCCUUCUCAAUGGACCAAACAGAAAUAGUGGUCUGGAAUCUAUUUGCCCCUUUCUUUUUUUUUUCCUUCAUUUGUUACUUAUUGAGUGAUGUUCCUAGAAUUUUAGGCCUGGGAGGGACCAUAAAGCCCAGCUUUCUCACUUUACAGAGAGAGAGAGAGAGAGAGAGAUGAGAUGAAAGAAUGAAUUUAAGAUCACACAGCUACUAAGUGGAAGAGCUUUGAUUUCAAUACAGGUCUUCUGACUUCAAAUCCAUUUUAUUCAAUUUUUUAUUAAAUAUCAUUUGAAUAAAUGUUGUUAAAAAAUAAUUUCACCUCUAAGUGCUUGCUUAGAAUAAGGCAGCAUGGUAUAAUAGUUACAUAGCUGACUUUGGAUUCAGGGAGACCUGGGUUAAGUUCUGUCUUGAAUGUAUGCUUGGUGUGUGAUUCCAGUGAAGUUCCUUAAAGCCCAGCUUCCUCACUAAGGAUAUUAGUAGCAGAGUAGGUCCUGAGUUGCCUGGGUAAAGAAAGUUCCUCAUAUGGAGUCCUGGACAUCAAAGAAUUGAUAAAUUCCUCUCCUUUAUCAGUUUCCCUUAUGUGAAGUUGGGGUCCCAGACAUGAAUAGCCUGAGUUCUAUGGAGAGAUUUUCUGUGUGGACUGUUUGUUCACCCUCUGUUUUGCUGCCUCCUAGAUGGACAGUUGCAGCUGUUGCUGAUCCCCUGAUGUUUUCUUCCUGCUGCUUGUAUGAAGUGGAAUUUUCCUCAGUUAAGGGUGACUCUUUGGCCACCCUUGACCAGCAACAUGGCUUCCUUUUCUUUCUGCUUAUCUCUCUUCAAUGUAUCUCAGACUUGUUUCUGCAGCCUCUCUCAAUAAAGUUGUUUUUAGCAUGGUA